AUGGGCUGCUUUUUCAGCAGCCCCGGCCUCCUUGGGUGCCUCCCGGAGCGCUGUUUGCGGCUUUGGUGUUUCAUGGAUCGCAGCCUCGAGUUGUUGGAUUUGGCCUGCACGUUGCUCUACUGCCUGGAAGCUUACCGGCGGCUGCAGGCUGUCGGCGAGAGCGGCAUGGAAGAAGCGCUCUGGAUCACCUCUGUGGUAGUUUUUGCGGCGUCUUGGUUCCACAUGCUGCUUUUUCACGCCCACUUCAGCCAGCAAGUCCGGCCCGGCGAGCGAAGAGAGGUGGACAUUUGCCACGUUGGCGCCGGCUUCUGGUGCCUUGUGUUCCCCCUGAUAAUGGUGCUGGUGUUUGGCUUGAGUUACUGGAGCCCGACGAGCCUCGGUGCCAUGGCGAGCGGAUUUGGCAUUUGGCUGCUGCUGGGAUCCUGCUGCCUUUGCUUGGUGGGCUGGUCCAA